UCAGUGAAAAAUGUUCGUCGUUCAUGCUAUGUAUAUUUGAUAAUACUUUAGAGGGAUGACAGACCUUAUCGUGUGGAAUUGUUUGCGAUCGAUUAGUAUAUGAGAUAUUUUAGGGUGAUGAUCUGUUACUUACAAUUUUACCUACUGGCGAAGGACCAUAUGCUGGUGGUUUAUUUGCACCAGAUUCUAUUGAAUAUCGUAAACAUUAUCUUGGUAGUCAAUUUUUACCUGAAAAAAUGGGUAAUUUGAAUAUUGGACCAAAAGAAACAACAGGACCAAUGAGUAAUGAAAAUGGUUAUGUGCAAACAUUUGAUGAUCCACGUCGAUUUAUUACAAGUUAUCAAAUAAAUCAUUUUGAUAUGAAUCGAAAAGGACGUGAUCGUGAAGGUUAUGUUGUUAGUGGUAUUCAACAACCACGAGCAACUGGUUUUACGGAAAAUAACACAGUAUUUAAUCCAUUAGAGAGUUAUGGUGAUGAACGUAUUACUUAUUAUAAACUUGAUCCAUAUCAAGUCAGGUAUGUUGACUUGUUUUUCAAUAAUAUCUGUCGUAAAAGUUUUGAGAUGAAUUAUUUGUUGGUUAUUUAAAAUAAUUAAUAUAGUGACUGAAUGUUGGUUAGCAAAAUGCAGAUUUCGAGAGGAAAUAAAUACUGGUAGUGUAUAGUAACUGUCUGACGGAGAUUAUUUUCCAAAAAGCUGCGCCUUUGUUUCGAGAGAAAAAUUUCGAAAUUUGUCACAUAUUUCGUUAUGUUAAUCUUCUUUGUGAGGCAUUCAGGUCAUCUUUUCAGUUGUCAAUAUCAGAGAUGAAACUAGUACUGCUUACGGGCUAGAGAUGCAGUGAUGACGGUGUACCAGUCUUACAUACAGCUUUGCACUAGUCUAAACAUGUCCGUAUAGACUAACGGUGAAAGCGUGAUGACACUAUGGUGAUCUUGAAUUUGUUUUGAUUUUUUCGGUCAAAGAGGGUAUCCCAAGAAAAUAGCUGAAUUUUUGUAAAAAUAGGCUAAAGAUUUUCAGAGUCUAGAAAUUCGAAUCUAUAGAAGAUUUGUUGAAAUUCAUAAGUUCUGUAUUCUCAUUCAACAAAGGCUUAGGUCUCAUCGUUUAGGUAUAUUUUAUAAAAUUCAGCUGUUUUUGUUGAAAUAAACCUCGUCUGACCGAAAAAGUCAAAAUGAAUCUAAGAUCACUAUAGUUUUAUCAUGCGUUCACUCUCUUUACCGUUAUUCUGUACGUACAUGUCUAGAUCAGUGCAAUGCUUCACUGUAGACUAGUGAAUCGAUGAUUAUCAUACAGCCUAUUGAGUUCAAAAUUUUCGAAUCCGGACCCUGCUGAACCGUACUUUGAUAGUCUCAAUGAAAUUUUCUAAUUGGAAUUGAAUAAUCACUCGAAGAUCGAAGUAAUUUUUGUAUUCGGUGAUCAGCGCACUCUAAAAAUUUCUCAAACAGCUAGAGUCCAUCAGAUUCAAAAUUUUCAGACUCACACUCAACCGAAUCUGGAUCCGAGACCAACCCGACAAGCUCUAGACCACCAUCACUGUUGUAUAAAACUUCAUAACC